AUGGAUGCCGCAAACUUUGCCGUGAGCAAAUUCGAUGAAAGGGAACUCCCUGAAGGUUUCAGAAUCGAAGCCAGCAAGACUCAACAAGAUGCCUGUAAAAUGUUCAUCGGCGGACUCUCCCGUGAUACGAGUAAGCGAGUGCUGAUCAAAUACUUAUCUCAGUUUGGCGAGAUCAUAGAUUUUGUGAUUAAAACUAAUCCAGACACUGGACUAUCCAGGGGUUUUGGUUUUGUGCUUUUCCAAGAUAGUGCCACUGUUGAAAAGGUGCUCCAAGUGAAAGAGCACCUAUUGGAUGGCAAGAAAAUAGAGCUUAAGAGAGCUAAAGCCAUGGAACCUCAAUCAUCCCCAAAAAAGGUUUUCGUGGGUGGGUUGAACCCUCGCAUGCCUGAAGAAAAAAUUAGAGAAUAUUUCGGCACAUUUGGAGAGAUCGUGAAUAUUGAGCUUCCAAUGUGCCCAAGGAAAAACCGAAGACGAGCUUUUGGCUUUAUCACAUAUACCGAUGAAAUCCCAGUGAGGAAGCUGUUAGAAACCAGAUUCCAUCGCAUUGGCUCCAGCCGGUGUGAAGUUAAGAUGGCACUUCCCAGAGAGCGUCCCCGGCCCCAGCGAAAGCCUAAGGAUGAAGCUGCCAUCAAAGAACCACUCACUCCUGGAAUGAAACGUUGCAUUAUUCAAUUGAAAUGA